AUGGUGUCUGGUGUGUCGAGAAUUGGAAUGCAAUUGGCUUCUCCCCAAAUCGCCAAGCCCAAGGUAGAUAUCGGCCAUCAGCUCGGAACCACUCAGCCUGAGGCUGGAAAGCCAAAGGUCGCGAAACCUAAGGCAGCGCCCAAGCGAAAGACUCAGGACGACGAAUGCCCCAUGUACAAGGUGAUCCUCCUCGGAGACAACGAGUACGAACAGUCGCACGUGGUGACACAGAUUACCAAGCUCAUCCCCUCAAUCAGCAAGGAAGAAGGCAUCCGCAUCUUCGUCGAGGCACAGAUGACAGGCUCCUCCGUCAUCAUCGUCUGCACAGAAGAGCACGCAGAGCACUACGUGCAGCAACUUAAAAGGCAACAGAUUUACGCGAAGAUGGAGAAGGAUGAGUGA